AUGACAACCUCGACGGCAGAUAAGAUGCUGAAAACGCUAUUCGUAUCUCUCUUAGACAAAAAUGAUAGACCUUUACUUGUGCAUGCAAUGGAUACAGAAUCAUCUCAGCUUGAGAUCAAAUACAAUGUCUUAUCAAAUUUGGCAUUAGACUAUUUCGGCGAGACAACAAAAGGUAACAUGGACGCCCCACCGUUCUACUUGUUUGAAAUGCACGAGAUCGUUGUCUAUGGGGAAUAUUUGGGCCAAAAGGGUCUGAAGAUUGUAAUUGGUUUCAAUAUGCGCGAGGAUGAUGCUAUCGUACCCUUCUUCCAGAAAGUCAAAUUAUAUUAUUUGAAAAGUGUGAUAAAUCCUUUCAAUGAUGACUGGAUAAAUCAAAUUAGACACAAGUUAGAUACGUUACAGUUGGAUUAG